CAAAUUAAUGCCCACAUUCAAGCAAUCCAGGAUCUAUACAGAGCGCACACAGUCGGGAUGGAUUCGUUUAACGCCAGCGGAAUGGACGCGUUCACGGUGAUCCAUCUCAAUUCCUCCUGGAGCCUGGACAGUGGAUAUUCUUUAGCAGCGAUAGCUGGCAUUGCUGCUCUUGUAAGUUUCCUCAUUCUCUUUACCGUUGUUGGAAAUAUACUGGUGGUUAUUGCCGUAUUAACGAGCAGGGCACUGAAAGCCCCCCAGAACCUUUUUCUGGUGUCCCUGGCCACCGCGGACAUCCUUGUCGCCACUUUGGUGAUGCCGUUUUCCCUGGCGAAUGAACUCAUGGGCUACUGGUAUUUUGGAAAAGUUUGGUGCGGCAUUUAUCUGGCUUUGGAUGUUUUGUUCUGCACUUCGUCUAUUGUGCAUCUGUGCGCAAUAAGCCUGGACCGGUACUGGUCCGUUACGCAAGCUGUAGAGUACAACCUGAAGCGGACUCCCAAACGCGUCAAGUGCAUCAUCAUAAUUGUUUGGCUUAUAUCUGCUUUCAUCUCAUCCCCGCCGCUCAUAUCUAUUGACAGCAACAGUGAUACCAGCUCUCAGCCUCAGUGCCAGCUGAAUGAUGACACUUGGUACAUCCUCUCCUCCAGCAUCGCGUCCUUCUUCGCCCCCUGCUUAAUCAUGAUCCUGGUGUACAUCAGAAUAUACCAGGUGGCCAAAACCAGAACCAGAAGCAUGUCGGGAAAAAAUCCCAGGCCAGAUGGUGUUACACAAACUGAGAACGGACUGAGCAAAGUCACCUCUCCUUUCCAUGGCGAGAAGGAGAACGGUCACUGUCAGUGCCCGCCUUCGCCCAGCCAUCAGACCGUCACCAUCGGGCAACAGACUGAGGACGCUGACUUGGAGGAGAGCACCUCCUCAGAGGGCAAAGGUCACAAACAGAAGAGCCAGGACUCCCAGAGAGCAAAGAGGGCCAGCCAAAAGAAAAGCUCCCUCUCCAAACACUCCACUCGCAUCUCCAGAGUCAGUAACAAAUCCAUAGACCUUUUCGCCUCCAGGAAGAAACGCCGUCGGAGCUCGCUGGCCAGGAAAAAGGUCUCUCAGGCCAGGGAGAAGAGGUUUACAUUCGUCUUGGCUGUGGUCAUGGGGGUGUUUGUUGUGUGCUGGUUUCCCUUUUUCUUUAGCUACAGCCUGUACGGUGUGUGCAGAGACUCCUGUAAGAUCCCCGACCCGCUCUUUAAAUUCUUCUUCUGGAUUGGCUACUGUAACAGCUCCCUCAACCCUGCCAUUUACACCAUCUUCAACCGGGACUUCAGACGAGCCUUCCAGAAGAUCCUCUGCAAGUCUUGGAAAAAGUCCUUUUAGCUCUGAAACAGGACUUCUGCACCACCAUGACAAUCUUAAAGGAAAUAUCAAAGUGAUUUACAAAAAAAGAUGCCUGUUUUGUCGUUACUCACUGUUCCGUCUCAUUGUCCUGUUGUAAUUCAGUCCCGGUAUAGUGCACACCCUGAACCACCUACUGGGUGUCUCCACAAGCUUCAACAAACAGUAUGUUUCUAUUACAGGCUUCUUACUGGCUUCCUGGUCAGAUUCACAGCUCUUUUCUUCCCACCUGAAGUGUGCUGUAAUGCUUUAUAGUGUAUCACCAUCAAUUAAGCUCUAUACAUCCUAAAAAGAUGCACACAUGGAUGGACUUGUCUGCUAGAUGGCCCCAGGGCUAAAAUGAGCUGCUCGGCCCCCCUCUAACCCCCCUCAGUUUCUCCCACUCUGUGCAGUGUGUACAAUUUUUCUAUGCUCUUUGUGCUGCAACACUACCUGGCUACAGAUCUGUUGUGUGUUAAUCUGAUUCAACAUAUUAAUUUAGGAAUAUGCAACACAGAAGCACAAAACUGAGAUAAUGAACAUUUUGAAACUUGAUUUUCACACAGGUAUCCUCUUCAAGACAUGGCCUCAAGACUAAGUAACAAUGUAGGACACACCUUAAGGCCUGACAAUGUCAGUAUUGUGCUUUAGUGGCGCAUUUAUUUUUCAAUUAAAUUUGCACAAAGCAGUUCAAACACAGCAAGCCUGGAGCUCUCAGGACCUCAGCAGUUCUGGGGACUCAGGGCAGCUGCCUACUUAGCUGUUGGUAAUCCACCCUGCACACUUAGAACAGUGGUUUCCAACCUUGUUUUUCUUAUUUCCCCUAAAAGGGGAGAAAGCUAAAAUAAGCUACAUGUGACUCUUCAUUACAUGAGCAGUUUAACCAAAGUGAUUUUCCCCUCUCCAAGUGUUUCAUGUAAAUAUUUUUAGAUGACUGACAAGCUUUUCUCUUCUAAUACCCCUGAGGGGAACUAGAAGAGAAAAGUUAAAAGAAUAAGUAGUAUUUUUGAUUCUCUCUCAUGACCCCUCAGAUAUAUCUUUAAACCUCUUCGAGGGGCCUCGACCCCUAGGUUGGAAACCACUGGCUCAGUGGAUAUUAUUUAAACAUGUUUUGUUGUCUGCUUGCCAUGAUGUUGUUGGCCCUGUCAGCUUGUACAGCUUUUUUGAGCACCUCUGCUGUAAACAGACUGUAAAACAUUAGGAGUGAGGGGAUAACAAAUUAGCUGUGCUCUGGAAGCCUUGAGUGGUAAAUUCACAACACAGCUGACAAAAUGGCAAAGCACAACAGUAGACUAAUUCACUGAAUAGUUUGGUUACUGAUCUUUUGCUGGAUUUGAGACGACAUUGAGAAGGGCUGGUGCUCCAGACUAUAAGCUAAUUUAUAUGAUGCGCAAAGGGGGUCAUUAUUUCCACAGUGGCCAUAAACAACAGAGUAUUUGAGAACAAAUGCAUUUAUUUUGCUUUUACUUUUAAGAAACUACCUCUCUGUUUUGUUUUUUUGUUGCUGUUUUUGGAUUUAUAUUUUGCAAAGUGCAGUACACAUCUUUCCUCUGCUUAAGCUGUCUGCU